AUCACCCGGAAAACAUCCACAGUUCCGCAGACUGAUACGAUAUACACCGACUCGACACAAUCUUCUCACCUCCAAUAUGUCCUUCGGAGGGCAAACCCCGACCAUCAUCGUCCUGAAAGAGGGAACCGAUCAGUCGCAGGGCCGAGGACAGAUCAUCUCCAACAUCAACGCCUGUUUAGCCGUUCAGACCACCAUCAAGAGCACAUUAGGCCCAUACGGAGGAGAUUUGCUACUAGUCGACGAAAAUGGCAAGCAAACCAUCACAAACGAUGGCGCAACAGUGAUGAAGCUGCUCGAUAUCGUGCAUCCGGCCGCACGCAUUCUCACAGAUAUUGCCCGCUCGCAAGAUGCUGAAGUAGGAGAUGGAACGACAUCAGUGGUGGUUUUGGCGGGAGAGGUGUUGAAAGAGGUCAAGGAGCAUGUGGAGCAGGGUGUGAGCAGUCAGGUCAUCAUCAAGGGGCUGCGAAGAGCGGGUAUGAUGGCGGUGAACAAGAUCAAGGAGAUUGCAGUCAGCACAAGCGAGGGAAACCAGAGGGAAACUCUGCUGAAGUUGGCGGCAACGGCGAUGAGCAGCAAGCUCAUUCACCGUAAUGCUGACUUCUUCACAAAGAUGGUCUGCGAUGCCGUACUGUCACUCGAUCAGGACGACCUCAACGAGAAACUCAUUGGAAUCAAGAAGAUCACUGGUGGAGCUCUCCAAGACUCCCUCUUCGUCAACGGAGUGGCCUUCAAGAAGACAUUCUCCUACGCCGGAUUCGAACAACAACCCAAAUCUUUCGUCGACCCCAAGAUCGUCUGCCUCAACGUCGAACUCGAACUCAAGUCCGAAAAGGACAAUGCCGAAGUCCGCGUCGAGCAGGUCUCAGAAUACCAAGCCAUCGUCGACGCUGAAUGGCGCAUCAUCUACGAUAAGAUGGAAGCUCUCUACAAGUCUGGCGCACAAGUCAUUCUCUCCAAACUUCCCAUUGGCGAUCUUGCAACCCAAUACUUCGCCGACCGCGAUGUCUUCUGCGCAGGCCGUGUCGCCUCAGACGACCUCGAGCGUGUCUGCCAAGCUACCGGAGCAACCGUCCAAUCCACCUGCUCCGACAUCCAGUCCCAACAUCUCGGUACCUGCGCCCGCUUCGAGGAGCGCCAAAUCGGUGGAGAGCGCUUCAACUUUUUCGAGGGCUGCCCAGGUGCGAAGACAUGCACACUCGUCCUCCGUGGCGGUGCAGAGCAAUUCAUUGCCGAAGUGGAGCGCUCUCUGCACGACGCCAUCAUGAUCGUCAAGCGCGCCAUCAAGAACCAGACCAUCGUGGCAGGCGGCGGCGCCUGCGAAAUGGAAGUGUCCGCCUACCUGCACCAAUUCGCCGACAAGAACGUUCCCCACCGCCAACAAGCCAUCAUCAAGUCAUUCGCAAAAGCGCUCGAAGUCAUCCCUCGCCAACUGUGCGACAACGCAGGUUUCGACGCGACAGACAUUCUCAACCGUCUUCGGGUGGAACACCGCAAGGGAAAUUUGUGGGCGGGUGUGGACUUCCAGAACGAGGGAAUUCGGGACAAUUUGGAGGCAUUCGUGUGGGAGCCUGCGCUGGUCAAGACGAAUGCGAUCCAGGCGGCGGUUGAGGCGAGUUGUUUGAUUUUGAGCGUGGACGAGACGAUCAAGAAUCAGGAGUCGCAACAGCCUGCGGCGCCCGCGAGAGGACUGCCGCCGGGGGCUGCGCAGAGGGCGAUGAGAGGACGAGGGAGAGGUAUGCCGAGGAGGUAGAUGGAGAGAGGAACCUUUUGGCGGCCACGAGAUUUUGGCAUGAUCUGCACCGCAUGGCAUCGACCUCGAACGAUGUAAAGCACG